AUGCCAGGGCAUGAGAAGCGAGAGCUCUCCAGUCUGGUAAGAUGGUCGCGUGCCUCUGGGGCUAUGUGGCUGCACAUGCUUCUCUCGUCUGGUUUCAAUGGCCAUCGCUCAUUCCCUUUCACCCAAUUACGCCGACAUCUAGGACCCGCGGAAUGGGCGAGGCGCGAGAGCGAAUUUGACAACGCGGAAGAGCUCGAGGCCUUGGCGACCCGGAAGGUGCGAGAUCUAGACCAGUAUGAUGAAGCCGUAGAGGCACUGGAGGAGCGCAAGGCGCUGGUGGACGACGGUAGAAUGACACGGCACGAGUUCUUGCGCCACGGAUCUUCUCUCGUCUGA